GCAGGCGCAGCGGCUGCUUCCCUGCUGUGACUCUGGACUGGAGAGCUGAGGCAUCUUCGCAGCCACCGCUGCCCUGCUGUACCUGGUCAGGCAGCCUCAUUGCCGGAGAGGACUGUCAGCUGCCUGCUCUGUCUAGCCACCAUCACAUGCCUCCCCACUGGAGCUGACCACAGACCAGCAUCUCCACAGCAUGAAUAAUUAGGUAGGCAUAAUGGAAGGCACUCACUGCACCCUCCAGUUGCAUAACCCCGUCACUGAACUCUGCUAUAUCAGCUUCUAUCUUCCAAAGGGGGAAGUCAGAGGAUUUUCAUACAAGGGCACUGUAACUCUAGACAGAUCCAAUAACGCUUUUCACAACUGCUACCAAGUCAGGGAGGGGCCAGACAUCACCAGCCUCAGCCAGCAGCCCAACGAACAUCCCGGCGACAUAUUUUUCAAACAGACUCCCACAAAAGACAUUCUGACAGAGCUAUACAAGCUCACAGCAGAGAGGGAGAGGCUGCUGGACAGUCUGCUGAGGUCAGACCACAUCCUGGGCAUUUCAAUGGGGAACCAGGAAGGGAACUUCCAGGAGCUAUCAGUGAGCCUUGUGCCUGGGGACGACUGCUUCCAGAGUGCUGGCAGCUGGAGCAAGGAGCUCGCUGUGAACUCGCUCAUUAGGAGGAGCACCCAAGGGAGCAAAAAGCCCCGGAGGUCUGGCAGGAGGAGAGAGAGCCCUGAGGAGCUCCGGCUGCAGAGAAUCAGGAGGAAAGGGCGUGGCCGCCAGGAAUCAGCUCCUCUGAUGGGGAAGGACCAGGUCUGUUCCAGUAGCUCCCUUCCUCCUUCCCGGGUUAGGCCUAAUCUUCGACUCCUGGAAGAAAGAGGAAACUUAGUUCCCCACGGAACACUUACCUCUUCCCCACGGAGGAGAGAGAGCUGCCCUGCCAACAUCCUCAGGACACCAGAUGCAGACCUGGGCUUCCGGAGCUCUGGGAGGACCUCAGAGGACACUGAUCUUGAAGGACCUCUGUCUCCUGACAGCAGCCCCACCGAGGUAGGAGAUGCUGGCCUAGGAAGGCGGCUCAAGAGUCCUCAGGAGCGGGAGCCUCCAAGUUUGUCCGAAAGUCAUGAGAAACAUCCAGGGGCAGAGAGGGGCGGGACUCGGAAGUCAAAAUCAUUGGAAAGGACUUGCAGGAAGAAACCUGUUUCCACAGUGGUGGCCAAGGUCCAGGAGCUUUCUGCUCAAGUUCAAAGGGUAAUUAGGGCUCAUCCUGAUGGUGAGGAAAGGGUUGCCUUUUGCUUAGAGACCCAUACUGCGUCCAUCCCAAAAGCUGACUUCCUCAUCCUCUCAGGAGCUAAAGAUGAGACUCAAAGUUCCAGGAGCCUGGGGGAGGAGCAGCAGGGGGUCAAGUCAUUGCAACCCUCAGCCACAGAAAGAGGGUCCAUUCCCAGUGAACCAGCCAGCACCGAGGGGGCUGUGAACAAGGUUCUCCGGAAGGUGAUAGAGAGUGAGAAGUUAGAUGAAGCCACUGAGGGGAAAAGACUAGGCUUCUCCCUCAACACAAGGGCCACCCACACUCUCCCGGAAACUAGAAGCCAAAUGAAGGCAGGGCUACCCAAGAGUGGCCAUAAAUCCUUGCUUCUGGAUCUGCCCCACACUGUAGGUCCUGACUCCCCACAACCCAAAUGUGAUGAGAGGAAGCCAGCCCCCCAAACACCAAAAGCUCGCAGCAUGGUAUUCAAUAAUUCAUCGCCUCAGUCCAGCGCACACAAACGGCUGUCACCUGUUCCCUCGCCUCUGUCUCCAAGGUGCCCCAGCCCUCAGCAACACCACAGGAUCCUCCUGCUCCCUCCACUGCCUAGCGAAGGGGAAGCUGCUUUUAAUGAGUGCCCUGGUAGGAAGAACGGUGUCUCCUCCGGGUUUCCCUCCGCUGUCACCUUGGAGCCAUCAUCUGCUACGAAGGUCACGGAGACCAAAGGAGGCAGCCCGACUUCCCUCAGCGCAAGCCAAACUUGGCUGGUAUCUGAGGAACCUUCAGAAAAAAGCUUGAGGCCAGAGAAGAUCACAGCUCCACCCCAGCACCAGCCGCCACCAGGUGUCACCUCUGAAGGCUUUCCCUGUGACAGCAGCAAUGAGCAGACAGCUAAAGACCUUCCCAAUAAAGAUGGAGGUGCUUGGGUCCUGGGUUAUAGAGCUGGACAACCCUGUCCAUUUCUGCUACAUGAAGAAAGAGAAAAGUCAAGUAGAAGCGAAUUGUACUUGGAUCUCAAUCCGGACCAGAGCCCCACAGAGCAGGACGACAGGACUCCUGGCAGACUCCAAGCUGUCUGGCCACCCCCAAAGACAAAGGACACAGAGGAAAAAGUGGGACUGAAGUACACUGAAGCAGAAUACCAGGCUGCUAUCUUACAUCUGAAGAGGGAGCACAAAGAAGAAAUCGAAAACCUGCAGGCUCAAUUUGAACUUAAGACAUUUCACAUCCGGGGUGAGCAUGCAUUAAUAACAGCAAGACUUGAAGAAACUAUUGAAAAUCUCAAGCAACAGUUAGACCACCGCUGGGGAGGAGGAUGUGAAGAGAUGAGAGACGCAUGUAUCUCCACUGAUGAUGACUGCCCCCCAAAGGCCUUCAGAAAUGUGUGCAUCCAGACAGACAGAGAGACAUUCCUCAAGCCCUGUGAAGGUGAAAGCAAGACAACCAGAAGCAACCAGAUAGUACCCAAGAAGUUGAAUAUCUCGUUAACCCAACUCUCUCCCACAAAAGACAUCCAUGCACCACUUCAGACAGGGGAAGGCAUCUCAUCUAGUCAACAGAAGACAUCACCUCCACCUCCCACACCUCCUCUUCCUCCCCCUCUCAUUCCUCCCCCUCCACCUCUCCCCACUGGACUUGGACCUUUGCCACCAGCGCCACCCAUAUCACCUAUGAGUGCUGGGCCGCCACCACCACCUCCUCCACCUCCUCCACCACCUCCUCUGCCUCCAAGUGCUGGACCUCCCCCACCUCCUCCCCCACCACCACUUCCUAAUGUCCUGGCUCCUCCUAACAGUGGAGGGCUUCCUCCUCCUCCUCCUCCUCCUCUUCCUCCUCCUCCUCAUCCUCCCCCAGGACUUGCACCUCCACCUCCUCCUGGACUAUCCUUUGGACUCAGCUCUUCUUCUAGUCAGUGUCCUCGUAAACCAGCCAUUGAACCCAGCUGUCCCAUGAAGCCUUUGUAUUGGACUAGAAUACAAAUAAGUGAUAAUAGCCAAGAUGCCACACCAACUUUAUGGGACUCCUUAGAAGAACCUCAUAUUAGGGACACCAGUGAAUUUGAAUAUUUAUUCUCCAAAGACACAACUCAACAGAAGAAAAAACCCCUGUCAGAGACCUAUCAGAAGAAGAACAAAGCCAAAAAGAUCAUCAAGUUAUUGGAUGGAAAACGAUCUCAAACUGUGGGAAUUUUGAUAUCUAGUUUACAUUUAGAAAUGAAGGAUAUCCAACAGGCCAUAUUUAACGUGGAUGACUCUGUGGUUGACCUGGAGACCCUGGCAGCCUUAUAUGAAAAUCGAGCCCAAGAGGAUGAACUGACUAAAAUAAGAAAGUACUACGAGACAUGCAAAGAAGAAGACUUGAAGCUGCUGGACAAACCUGAACAAUUUCUGCAUGAGUUAGCCCAGAUUCCCAAUUUUGCUGAGCGUGCCCAAUGUAUAAUCUUCAGGGCUGUGUUUUCCGAGGGUGUUACUUCCUUACACAGGAAAGUAGAGAUUGUCACACGAGCCUCUAAGGGCUUGCUGCACAUGAAGAGUGUAAAGGACAUCUUAGCUCUCAUUCUGGCUUUUGGAAAUUAUAUGAAUGGAGGAAAUAGGACUCGAGGGCAAGCAGAUGGAUAUGGUUUAGAAAUCCUACCCAAACUCAAAGACGUCAAAAGUCGGGACAAUGGGAUGAACCUGGUGGACUAUGUCGUGAAGUAUUAUCUGCGGUACUAUGAUCAGGAAGCUGGAACAGACAAGAGUGUUUUCCCACUACCUGAACCUCAAGAUUUCUUUCUGGCCUCCCAAGUCAAGUUUGAAGACCUCGUAAAAGAUUUGAGAAAACUGAAGCGACAGCUAGAAGCAAGUGAGCAACAGAUGAAGUUGGUUUGCAAGGAGUCCCCAAAGGAGUAUCUGCAGCCUUUCAAGGACAAGCUGGAAGACUUCUUCCAGAAAGCCAGAAAAGAGCAUAAAAUGGAAGAAAUUCACUUGGAGAAUGCACAGAAAAGUUUUGAAACAACGGUGGGAUAUUUUGGAAUGAAGCCAAAGAUGGGAGAGAAGGAGAUCACCCCAAGCUAUGUGUUUAUGGUGUGGUUUGAGUUCUGCAGUGACUUCAAGACAAUUUGGAAACGGGAGAGUAAGAACUUAUCUAAAGAGAGAUUAAAAAUGGCUCAGGCAUCUGUCAGCAAACUGACAUCAGAGAAGAAAGUGGAAACGAAGAAAAUUAAUCCCACGGCUAGUCUGAAAGAAAGACUGCGUCAGAAGGAAGCCAGUGUGGCCACCAGCUAACAUGGAAACAGAAGGAAAUUCCAGUGCAAGAGGAGGCAACCCAGUGCUCCUUUAGACCCAAGUGCCAAGGGAGUUCCUGACAGAUCUGUUACAGAACAUCUGCUUUGCUUAUCCCUUCUGAAGUCCUCUGUAGAAAGUACCUGUGCCUUCCAUGAAAAGUCCCUUGUUAAUCCACAGGAACAUGUGAUGCUGUGUAUGGGAAUGUUAAAGGAAUAUUUGAUAGUUGUUUCUUAUGGAAGUCCAAAGUCCACCCUAUAAAAGAAUCAGAAGAUGUAUCAAAAUGUUUCACAUUUUACUUCAUGCUGAAAUGCUAAGCUUUCCAAUGUAUAGCCAUCACAGAAAAAGAGGUACAUCUUUUUUAGUGAUUGUUUUGAGAGAACUCAAGCCUUUUUCCUCACACACUAUAUUUUUUUUUUAUUGGUCUUAAUCUUGAUCCGGUUAUACCAAGAAGAUCCUAUGGCAUUUUCAACAAAAAUGUUGAAACUUAUCAGAACUGGUUUUAAAGAGGUUUAACACUGUGCAUCUCCCAGACUUGGGAAAUGAUUUUUAUGAUGAUAUAAUGAAAAGGAAAAAAAUUAAAUUUCACAUGGGUAGAGAGAGAGAAUAAUAACCAAAAACCUUAUCCUGGAGACAAUGCUAUAAUGCUGGGAGUGAACAUUAGACACUGAGAUAGGCCCACUCAGUUUUCAUGGCUUCCUGACCAGUAGAGAUUCUGACCCAACUUCUAAUAGAAACAGGGCAGGGACAGACUUGGAUUGAGUGCUCCCUUGGACAAGGGACUGUGUGGCUUCAGAUCCAUUGUGAACAGUGAAUGAAUGUUGUGUAGACUUGCAUAUGAGGUCUACAUUGUAUUCCACCACUCCCAGCAGUUUCCAGACAGGAGAGCAAAUGUUACUGGCUACCUUUUGUCGUGACCUUGACUCAUAAGCAUGUGAAGAAGAAUGGUAGGUAGCCAGGGACCGUUUGUGGUCCCAAAACUUAUGAUCAGAGAAAAGUUCUUUACAGUGAGGUGAAAGCAAAGUGGUUGCAUUAGUAUUACGCUCUGAAAAAACUGUCAGGACAGGUUGUGUUUUCUAACUCUGGCCCUUAAAUCACAGAGAAAAGCCACCUGGGACCUUUUGCCUGCUUUUUUCUCCCUAAGCCACCACUGUUUGAACUUCCCUGGUGAGAAAACAAGAAAGAGGACUGGGCAUGAACAUGAUUGUAUUGAAGACUGUGUUUUGAAGCCUUGAUAUAACGAAGGAAUGUGCGUUCUUCUCUUGUUGGUGGAGACAGUCUAGAGCUACUCAGAAUCUUGCAUCCCUUGCUGAUCUGGCUACCUCUGGCUGCCACAUGGGGCCUGCCUCUUGCCUCAGCAACUUUAUAGAACCUUUGAACUUGCCAGAUACCUUAAGUGUCUUCUGGAAUCUGCCUGCCAGUCAUCAGCCCCACACUCAGGGACACUCCGAUAAUAGAUGCAAGCUAAUGAAAGCAGAACCGUAGCCAGAUAAAGUGCAAACUUUGUGAAGCAAAAGUAGCUGGCAUCUACUGAGUCACAGAUGCCAUUUCCAUGUCGGUGCUAAUUGUCUUUCAGUGGCCCAAAGGAAGAAGCAUGGUCACUUGGUUUAUUUUAACCAAAAGGAAAGGUUGAGACAAAAUAGACAAUCAAAUAAGAAACUUAACAUGACUAGAAUGCCUUGGUGUCACUGUCCUUUUCCCGUUGCUUUUUGUAUAUUGUUUCCUUUAUUCUCACUGUAACUAUGAAGAAGAGCAAAGGACUUAACCAGCAAGGCAAAUUCCACUUGUAGACAUCCUGUUCUCCCUGGUGUCCUUGUUAGUAUUGAAGUGCAAAAGAAAAAUGCAAUUUUGUCUGUACCCCAGGAGUCAUCUCAGAAUUCUGUGAGGUCUGCACAAGCCUAGAGCCUUAUGGAUCCUGUGGAUGGGAUGAGUGGGAACAGGAAGCUUUCAGUGGGGCUGAUGCCACCUCAGGUCUCUAAGUAAGAUGUUCAUGAGUCAUCACAGGUGGCACUGUCUCUCUGUCCUUCAAGAACACAGGAGAUCUUACAGGCUGUUGAAAACUAAACCAUACUGUUGGGGGUUGGGACAACUUUUUGUUUUCUAAUAUCCUAACUCUAUUUUGUAGUACAUAUCCCCCAUUUAAAAAGUCAAAGAUAAAACCAGUUGGGGUAAGGAUGCUGCAGAGAUAGCUCAGUAGUUGAGAGUGCAUACUGUUCUUGUAGAUGGCCUGGGUUUAGAUUCCAUUGCCUUUGUUGAGGGGCUCACAAUCAUGAUAACUAUCUUGAGGAAUCUGACAUCUUCUUCUGUCCUCCAUGGCCAGAAUACACACAGAGACAUA